AUGGCAGAGUGCUUCUUCCUCACCCGCCUACCAGCGGAGCUCAGAGUACAGAUCUACGAACACAUCCUCGCCUUCCAACGGCCACUGAAGUUGCGACAAGUCGUGGCCGGCGCAAAGAAUACCAGCGUCUUGCGAGCAAACCGUCAAAUUCACAGUGAAGCAUUACCAGUCUUCUUCGACCUCAACAUCAUUCUCGCUACGCGCAACGACUUCUGCGAAUGGCCGGACUCGCAGCUUCAGACACCGAUCCGGCGAGAUCAAGUACGGCAUCUUCUAGUCAAACACUUCGGCCAAUCCAUCAGAUGCUCUUCAUUCUUGAGCGGCAACAACAUGGUCUUACCUGGAUGCUGUCGCUCCUGCCAUCCCUCAGCCGAUGGCUUUAUUGAAGCCCUAUCGCACCUGCCGCGUUUGCAGACCGCGGUCAUUGACUACCAUCACCAUCAGCGCGAGUUUGGCUUCAUCAAGGCGACUAUUGAAGGCAUCGGCAGCACAAAUGUCUAUUCUAGGGCCGGCUGCCAAAUGACAUGUAUUGGUAUUGGCAAGUAUCAGUUUACCUCUGGCCUGCUGCCUCCUGCUCCGUCAAUCACAUUCACCGACUCACCGCUCAAUUAUAUCUGGAAUCGUUUCUCAGCACUGGAGUCGCUCGGACUAUUCGGCGUACCGGAGGAGAAGGCACUGCUGGAAUAUCUUCGAGAUGAUAUGGAUAGAGCACUCCCAGACAAGCUGUAUCUACUGCAUUGCGCUCGACACUCGGUCCUAUGGCUUGUAAUCUUCCAGCGAGUAGCUGAACUUUGGCAGGAUGUCGAAGACGAUCUUGCUGAAGGUCGUGAUCCGGGAGCUUCAUACGAGGCAUUGACACAGGACAUUAGCGGUUUCAUGGCUCGCCACUCCGUUCAGGAUGCCAGAAUGCAAUUACAGUUGCUUCGCGCAGAGGAAGCAAGACUGCAAGAAUGGCAGUCUGUGGAGCCCCAACUACCGGCACUGGCUCCAGAGGACCACAGGGGGGCGUUGCUGACAUAA